AUGGCAAGGGCCGAGGACGGCUCCGAAGCCCUCACCACGGGCCGCAUCAACCUCAUGUUCGCAGCCCUCGCCAAGCUGAUCCCACACACGGGCCAUCUCAAGCAUGAAGAAUCGAUGAGCAUGCUGAAGACGGUUGCACGGGAACUCACCAUGACAGCAGCAGACAUGUCGCGCGCGAAAGAGAAAGCGCAGCAGUUUGCUGAUCGCGACACGGAGGCGUUUGAGGUCGUCGGCCAAUUUUAUCCGCAGCUGAAGGAGCCGCAUCUUCCGGCAACGCGGCCGGCGUCACUUGCUGUCGAACAGCGACCCGAACACGUCGAUGGGGACGACCACAAGUUGCUGUGGCGCCAGUUGGGCACGCGUCGCCAGUUUGAAUCGCUGCCGCCAACGCUUCUCUCCAUUGAGGUUGUGUAUGCGUACAUCACAGAUCUUGCUGGCCGCGUGCUCGCCCACGACGUACAGCUCGCCUUUGGCACCGCCACCAGUGAGGACGACGUCAUCUCGUUCCAGCAACACAUGUACAACAUGUUUGACGACCGCUUUCCCCACGCAGAUGCCGCCACGCUCGCCAUCCGCGACUUUCUCUUCUCUGUAGAGCAUCACAGCAGCGCCGAUCCACUCGUACAGCUGCUCUUCUUCUCGCUCGUCGGAAAGCAGGAUGUGUCAUCGCUUAUGCACUACACAAUCGUCCACAUGUUGAUCCACACGUUGCAGCUCUCAACGCCCCAGCACCUCUCCUGGCUCAUGACGGAGCUGUUUCCAGACUCGCACCUGUCACUGGACAAGCUGAUGCUGGCGUACACGGGCUUUGCUGAUGGCGCCCCGUCCUCCGAUCGCCUCUCCCGCUUUUAUCUCCGCGAAACCGCUGCGCGCGACUGGAAUCCAGCAGCAGCCGAGAUUGUGCGCGUUGCUGCGGAGGUGGCCGGUGCGCCGCCAACGGGCUCGAAACCGCUCAGCGUCAUCAAGUGCGAACGCAUCAAGCACGCGCUCCAUCCACACGUUCCCGACCAGGUGCUGCGGCUACUCUACGAACAAUCCGCCAAGAUACAUGGGGUGGAUGCUGAGUUGCCGUCGAGUGUGUGCACGUGGCUGCUGCUCCACGCACGCUUGUUGUUUGAGACAGAAAUGGUUCGACUCAGCCUCAAAGACAGACUGGAUGUUGAGGCGACGCGUCGUAUGCGCAACCUGGUUCACCAGGACGUGGACACAGCGAACAGAACCCUGCAAAUGCUCGACGAGCAAGGCCAUCAACUCAACCGCGUUGAGGAGAACCUUGAUGGUAUCAACGCAAACACAAAGCGCGCUGAGAAGGAGCUGACAAAGAUGGAAAAGUGUUGUGGCAUCUUCUACUGCCCUUGCACCAAGCGCCAAAGCUUCGAUGAGAACGCACGGUACAACAGAGCAUUUCGCCAGGGAGCAAAUGGCAACGCAGCACAGGACGGCAGCGGCAGCGAUAGCGUGAUCUCAACGCAACCAAAGAGCGAGCGAGGCGCUGCCCGCGGCGGUGGCCGUGCGGAGGGCGGCAGCGAGGGCCGAUAUGUCGAGCGCAUCCUCGAGAACGACGCGCGCGAGGACGAGAUGGACGACAACAUGCGCAGCGUCGCUUUCCUGCGCACCACAGCAAACAGCGGCAGAUCAGCAGUGCAGGGUCGAUUAUGA